CGUCUGCAGGGAACAGCCAAUCCCGUUUCCCCUCUCUCUCUAGGCGGCAGUUUCGGAAGUUCGGUCGUCAUGGUGACGCUUCCGCAAAGAAGAGCGAAGCGCUUCAUCCGAUCCGAGAGAGAGCAUGUCUGUGAGGGGAGAGGAGGAGAGGUUCCGAUCGGUGUUUGCAGCGUGUGACGAGGGCCAGAAAGGAUAUUUGAGUAGAGAAGACUUCAAGGUUGCCGUGGUGAUGUUGUUCGGCUAUAAACCCUACAAGCUAGAAGUUGACUCCAUAUUAUCCUCCAAGUCUGUAGGCAUCCGAGCUGAUGAAUUUGUAAAGCUGAUGUCUGUAAAAAGGAGCGCUCAGCUAAACUUCGGAGAGCAGAGACAGAUCUUCUCCGUCUUUGAUACCCACUGUCGCGGAUUUUUAAAUGUGGACGAUUUUAAGAGGGCGUUUAUACGUGUGGCCCCAAACAUCCCCGAGCACACUGUCCUAGAGGCCUUCAGGGAAGUGGAUCAGGACUCUGACGGGUUGGUGUGCUACAAGGACUUUGAAUUUGCAAUGGACUACGGUGGGAGAGAGGACUAGAUUGUAUGAACAGUAUACAUGGCGGGACGGAGGAUUAAUUAUCAGUGCUGCUUCUUUGUUUUCCUGAAAAGUGUGUCUUCUGGAGCGAUUUCCCUCCAAUUCCUGUCCUGUGACACGCUGUGGACCUCUGAACACCACUGUAAAGGAUGAUUUGUAGGCAUGUAAGGAGGACAGCUCUUAGGUGAGCCCACCAGAGGUCACCAUAGUAGAGAUGUAAAAAGAUGAUCAAGAUGUGAGCACGCCAACCAUGUUUAAUAGGUACUGUUGGUUUUUACUUGUCCCAAGUGUAUUCAACGCGUUUCGACUUCUCGCCAAUCCCCAUUCUACAGGGUGCAACAUAUACCUAAGCAUUGCUCAGCAGACACACUGUUUGAUAUACAUUAUUACAUAGGUCAUCCUAUAUUUUACAUUAAAUGCUGACAGAUAUUAAUGUAUAUGUUUCACCCUUUAGCCCUGAUGAAGCGGGUGAGCCCACGAAACGUGUUGGGUUCUCCUGUGAUUGUACACAAAGUUAUCAAAACCCCCAAAAAGUAAAAAAUUGUCUGGAGCUGUGUUUUUAAAACCCAAAUUUAGGUAAAUUACAGGACAAGGGACAGUACUCACAUUCAAUGUAGCGUGUCUUGUGCUGCUGGUAGGUAUCUUGG